CAGCUGCCGCCGCCCGUCCGCCCGCCCGCAGCGGCUACGAUGAAUGACUUUGGAAUCAAGAACAUGGACCAAGUGGCCCCUGUCGCGAACAGUUUCCGAGGGACGCUGAAGCGCCAACCAGCCUUUGACACCUUCGAUGGCUCCCUAUUUGCUGCGUUCCCCUCUCUCAAUGAAGAACAAACACUCCAAGAAGUGCCGACAGGCCUGGAUUCUAUCUCGCAAGACUCUGCAAGCUGUGAGCUCCCCUUGCUCACUCCCUGCAGCAAGGCCGUGAUGAGCCAAGCCUUGAAAGCUACCUUCAGCGGCUUCCACAGGGAGCAGCGGCGCCUCGGCAUUCCAAAGAACCCCUGGCUGUGGAGUGAGCAGCAGGUGUGCCAGUGGCUUCUCUGGGCCACCAACGAGUUCAGCCUGGUAAACGUGAAUCUUCAGCGGUUCGGCAUGAACGGCCAGGUGCUGUGCAACCUCGGCAAGGAGCGCUUUCUGGAGCUGGCGCCUGACUUUGUGGGUGACAUCCUCUGGGAACAUCUGGAGCAGAUGAUCAAAGAGAAUCAAGAAAAGACAGAAGAAGAUGAGUACGAAGAAAACUCACACCUCAACUCAGUUCCUCAUUGGAUCAACAGCAAUACGUUAGGCUUCGGUGUGGAGCAGGCUCCCUAUGGAAUGCUGGCACAGAGCUACCCCAAAGACAGCCUCCUGGACGGCAUGUGUCCACCAUCUGCGACACCUGGCGCACUUGGCUCUGAGCAGGAGUUCCAGAUGCUGCCCAAGUCACGGCUCAACACCGUCAGUGUGAACUACUGCCCCGUCAGACAGGACUUCACCAGCAGCAACUUGAAUCUGCUCGCCAGCAGUUCUGGGAAACCCAAGGACCACGACUCCUCUGAGAAUGGCACGGACAGCUUUGAGAGCUCCGACUCACUCCUGCGGUCCUGGAACAGUCAGUCGUCCCUGCUGGAUGUGCAGCGGGUACCUUCCUUCGAGAGCUUCGAGGAGGACUGUGGUCAGUCCUUGUGCCUCAGCAAGCCAACCAUGUCCUUCAAGGACUACAUCCAGGAGCGGAGCGACCCAGUGGAGCAAGGCAAGCCGGUUAUCCCGGCGGCUGUGCUGGCGGGCUUUACCGGAAGCGGACCGAUUCAGCUGUGGCAGUUUCUCCUGGAGCUGCUGUCAGACAAAUCCUGCCAGUCAUUCAUCAGCUGGACAGGCGACGGAUGGGAGUUCAAGCUUGCUGACCCCGAUGAGGUGGCCCGCCGGUGGGGGAAGAGGAAAAACAAGCCCAAAAUGAACUACGAGAAACUGAGCCGAGGCUUGCGUUACUAUUAUGACAAGAACAUCAUCCACAAGACAUCGGGCAAGCGCUAUGUGUACCGCUUUGUGUGCGACCUGCAGAACCUGCUGGGGUUCACUCCUGAGGAACUGCAUGCCAUCCUGGGUGUCCAGCCCGACACAGAGGACUGAGGCCCUUAAGGCGGCCCUGAGCCAGCCCCGGGCCCCGGGGACUGACCCGGAAGCCCAUCCUGACCCACUGCACAGACCCUGGGAGGGCAGAAUGGAACCCCUCCAGGAAAGUCGCCCCUCAGCAGUGGCCGUCUUUCAUCUGAACCGCGCCUCUUCCACAAGGCCGUCUCCCCCGUGGCAGAAGGUGGCUCGGCUUCUCUGUCCUGCAGGGUGACAUGGAAGGGAGGGAAGAGGUGCUGGGAAGCCACCCUGGCACGGUACAGGCUGUGUGGCGGCAACAUCUGUACAGCUGUUUGGGAUGCUCCAGGGACUCGUGGAUGCACAGACACCGAAAAACUUGUUUUUCCUUUGGCCUUCGCAACCAGGAGUAACAGAUGCAAAGCUAUCUCUGCUUGAGAGAGGGCUAGGCGGGUGGAGAGGAACGAUCGCACCAUUUCAGAAAUCCGUGUGUAUAUAUUAUUGUAUCUUGUAAUGUUGGAAUCCUCUAACAGUUCUAUUUAAUUGUAUAUUGUAAUUUAAUUAUAUAACGGUGUUUGAAUCAAGAAUGCAGAUACCUGGUAUGUUAGCUAUUUUUCUUUUUUUCAGUAGCACAUAGGAAUGUCAUUUUACAAAGAUUUGAUCUCCUGGGGUCCCACUGAGAGAAACUGUAAUAUAUGUUCUAUUGUCAUCUGACAUACCGACAGGAAUGGGUCUGAGGGGUGACCCCUGCUUUUUACUUUUUUUUGUUGUUAUUUUUGUUCGCCCUUGCUUAUUAUCUGGCCAGGACUUUGUACAUGUGGGUUUUUUAUAAGAAACUUGUAUUAUUUGGGGGUGCAUCUGGCCUCUCCCCACUUUCUCCUGGAUUGUAGAGUAAAAUAUAGAAACAGUAUUUUUCUUGACAAAUGGCACAUGUUUCCCACUUCUGCACGCCUUAAGUCGUUUAUACACAAAUGUAUUUUUUGGUGUAGCCGUGAUUUCCCGGCAACUCGCCUCUCCUUGCCAGCCAUUUCCUUCCUGCGCCCCAAGGUUUUCUGUGUGACUACAAUAAGACUAUUUUUGGAAAUAUAUGACUCCUUUUUCAGCGAUCAGAAGGGAUUUAUGUAGCAGCUAUUUUUACUGCAAAAGUAACUCACUGGAAAAAAGUUGUAAUUUGUACAAAAGCUUUAUUUUUAUCUCAGCUCCGUGAAACGUGUUGUGCGGAGCUGAGGGCGGGGCGGGAAGGGUCUUCCUUCAGCCUUGACCCCAAGUGAAGCUUGGCUCCCCCUUCUCGCUUACCUGCCGUGCCUCUUAUGGUCUGGGCCGCAUGCUCUUCCUCCUGCUCCCUGACCUCCGCAAGAUAGGCUUUUUUUGUCUUAUUUUCUUGGAUGCGGGUACCCAGAAGCACAGAGUGGCCAAGUCAGACAGGAGAGAGACAGUACAUUAGGGUGGUUCCUGCGUCUUACCUGAUGAAGACCCAACUCCAUCACUGGGUCCCAACCUUCCUCACGAGGUUUCAGAAGUGGACAUGGCUUUUAUCAGUUACCAGCAGGGCAGCCCCAGGCCAGCGGGUGACAGGAAUAGAGUCAUUAUAUGAUGAGACCACACAAUGGACACAAGACAAGCUGGGAUCUGCUGGUCCCGGGCUGUCUGGGUCUUCUCUUCAUGCCCAGAAAAGACUGCAGUACAGUUAAGCACAGAUGCCUUUCAAGUGGGACCUAUUUAUCGCUGGGACAUCUGUUUAUAAUAUAAACAGACAUGUGACUGGGAAAACGUUGCUGCUGAAAGCUCAGCUGUGGGCUCGGUUUAUAGGAUACUCAGCUACAUGAAACUGCCGGGUUUAGCCUGGUUUUUGUCAGCCGAGAUGGCAGUUUUAUGUGGGUGAACCUAAUGGCGGGAAGUCCGUAGAAGCCUUUGAAAUGGUCACGGAUGGCUCUAAAGUAUAAAAAUUUUGUAAUUUGGCCUUUUGUUUCUCAAAUAAUAAAGUAUUUGGUCUAUGC